CAUACAGCCGCGUACACAACUUCACACUUCAACCCAAAAGACUUCUAAACCCACUCUUCACGUGGCAGUACCUCAACUCCUCCCCAACUUCCUUCCUUCCGCAAACGACCCCCCCACGAAAACCGCUGCCAACCCCGCACCCCGCUUAUCCCACCCGCAACCCCCACGCCGUCUCUUCAAUCAGCCCACGCCACCGCCACAACAACCAACCCUACCAGGCCUCGCGCUAAACAGCAAACGGAGCGAUGGCGUCGCCAACGCUCAACGCCGCGGGUGAUGCGUCGCCGAUCUAUUUCUGGCGCGAGUACGACGAGCCUUACGGCUUCCUGUCGCAGUGGUAUGACUGUGCGUUCGAGCACGCGGGCGUCACGUACCGGAGCGCGGAGAUGUGGAUGAUGGUGCAGAAGGCGCAGUUGUUUGGGGACGAGGAGAUUGCGCAGGCGAUGCUGCAGGCUGUUUCCCCAGAAGAGCAUAAGGAGCUUGGUCGUAAGGUUAAGAAUUUUGAUAAGAAGAGGUGGAAUGAGAACAAAAGCCGCAUUGUCGAAGAGGGCAAUUUCUACAAGUUUACGCACAGUAAAGAGAAGACGCAACUAGCGAAACUGCUGCUCGCUACGGGUGAUCGAGAGCUUGUUGAGGCUUCACCUUACGACAGGAUUUGGGGGAUUGGUUUUGAUCGGAAUGUGGCAGAGGAGCACCGAGCAGAGUGGGGCGAAAACUUACUGGGGAAGGCAUUGAUGAGUGUGAGAAAGAGGCUGAGCGAAGGGAAAGAGGAGUAAAAUAUUCUGUAACGAAGAAUCGAAGCCUAGUGUAGUUUCUAGAGAUGUAUUGUCUAUUCCUUAACUACACACCAAGUAAAAUCUACUAUACCUAUAGAGUACUUCUUAGGUAGUUAUAAUAGACUAUUACACUAC